AUGCCUCAUCAGUAUGGAUUACCUGGCAUAGCCCAUGCUCAAUCACCUCCUACACCACCCCCACAGCAUGGGGCGAUGUACCCCAGGUUUUCAGGAGCAGUGGUGCCAGGUGGAUAUAGGGGAGAAGAUAAAAGACUCACUAGAGAUGCUAUGGAAAGAUAUUUGAGAGAAAGAUCUGAUAUGGUGAUUGUAAUUUUACAUGCUAAAGUAGCUCAGAAAUCAUAUGGUAAUGAGAAGAGAUUUUUCUGUCCUCCUCCAUGUAUAUAUUUGUUUGGAGAUGGUUGGAGACUCCGCCAAGAACAAAUGCUUAGAGAAGGUGAAUCUGAACAAGCAUCUCAACUUUGUGCUUUCAUUGGAAUUGGAAAUUCUGAUCAAGACAUGCAACAAUUGGAUUUAAACAAUGGCAAACAGUACUGUGCUGCAAAAACUCUGUAUAUUUCAGAUUCUGACAAACGCAAACACUUUAUGCUAUCUGUGAAAAUGUUUUAUGGUUCUGGACAUGAUAUUGGUGUGUUUCAUAGUAAAAGAAUCAAAGUAAUAUCCAAGCCUUCAAAGAAGAAGCAGAGUUUGAAAAAUGCUGAUCUAUGUAUAGCUAGUGGUACUAAAGUAGCUCUUUUCAAUAGAUUAAGAUCACAAACUGUUUCAACUAGGUAUUUGCAUGUUGAAAAUGGACAUUUUCAUGCCAGUUCAACACAGUGGGGAGCAUUUACUAUACAUCUUUUAGAUGAUAAUGAAUCUGAAAGUGAAGAGUUUCAAGUAAGAGAUGGAUAUAUUCAUUAUGGAGCAACAGUGAAGUUAGUUUGUUCUGUAACAGGCAUGGCAUUACCAAGGCUGAUUAUUCGAAAGGUAGACAAACAGCAGGCGCUACUUGAAGCUGACGAUCCGGUAUCUCAGCUACACAAAUGCGCCUUCUACAUGAAAGACACUGAAAGGAUGUACCUGUGUCUAUCUCAAGAACGGAUCAUCCAGUUCCAAGCCACACCUUGUCCGAAGGAACCCAACAAGGAGAUGAUCAAUGAUGGCGCCUGCUGGACUAUCAUAUCCACAGACAAAGCUGAAUAUCAGUUCUACGAGGGAAUGGGUCCUGUCCGAUCUCCUGUUACACCUGUGCCUAUAGUCCAUAGCCUGCAUUUGAAUGGUGGCGGAGAUGUGGCGAUGUUGGAACUGACUGGAGACAAUUUUUCCCCUUCUUUGCAGGUGUGGUUUGGGGAUGUUGAAGCAGAGACUAUGUACAGAUGCCAGGAGAGCAUGCUGUGCGUCGUCCCCGACAUAUCGCAGUUCCGCGGCGAGUGGCUGUGGGUGCGCCAGCCGACCCAAGUGCCCGUCUCGCUGGUGAGGAACGACGGCAUCAUCUACGCCACCGGCCUGACGUUCACGUACACGCCCGAGCCGGGUCCGAGGCCGCACUGCGCCCCCGCCGACGAGAUCAUGCGGCAGGGGCAGCGCAGCGCGGCGGUGGCGCAGGCGCAGUCGCAGGCCGCCAUAUCGGACGCCGCUUGGAAUUCGCACGGGAUGCAUUAG